UGCCACAAGGAGGAUCUCGGCCUUGCUAAUGAAUCGAUAUAUUCCGCUCAUGUGGCCCAUAGACCAGGACGAUGAGUCGACAAUACGUCUGCUGUUAAAAUAAUACCAAUCGAUUACCUGUGAGCACCAGUUGUUAGACCCUAAAGUCCUUAUUUGAUUGAUUCUUAAUCAUGAGACUAAAAAGGGAAGCUCAAGUUUCUCCACCCUGUCUGCCCUGAAAGCGUCUGCUAAAAUUGGGCUAUGGAGAAGCCUAAACUACUUUUCUUUUUUCUUUCUCUCUCUCCCCCUCCGCAGCAUUACAUAAACCUCAGAACCCCCUGUUCAAAAUAAGCCGUCUGAACCGCUCCCGCAGGCUCCAGCGGGUGGUUUCGGUGGGCAUAUCGAGCGCAGUUUGGUUUGGUUCUCAUUAGAUCGUCUCGACACUGACCCGAUGCCCCAUCUCCGGUAAUAUGAAACCGGAGCUCUGGCAGGCGCACUGCGCGGAAGAGAGCCGAACAGAUGCAGUCCGCUCCGCUCUCACGACCCGGUCGGCGGGUUUGACUGCGCUGCCGCACACAGCACCAAGAAGCUGCGCGCGACGCCGGACGGCGCCAUAUGGCCAAGGAGUAAUGUUCUCGGGCACGGGUGAUACACCUGCGUAGUCUUCUCUGAGGUAUUAUUUGUGUUCUUUUGUUUCUUCUCCCCUCCGGAGGGGUGAUAUGUCGCAAACCAUGGUGCGCUGUCAGACUCCCAGAAGUGCACGAAGAGGCGAACGGGGCUUCGCUCCUCUGCUGGCGGCGGCGCUGCUCAGCCUUCUGGCCGCCGGGAUGCAACAAACCAGCGCGUUUCCCUCCUGGAGGUUAGAGGAAGAAGCUUACACCACUGUGCUGCUCAUCGGGAUCCGCAAAGAGGCCCGAACCCAAAUGCUUCACCUCUCCAGGAACAAACGCUACACCCUCACCCCGGAGAUGCUCAAGUGGGACAAGUUCAAGCUGACAUACAAGUUGCUCUCCUUCCCCACAAACUUGAUAAAUGCCAGCGACACGCGCCGAGGCAUCGCCAAGGCUUUUGGCAUGUGGAGCGACGUCUCUCCGUUCAGCUUCCGAGAGGUGCCAGCUGACCAAGAAGCUGACAUGAAGAUCGGCUUCUACCCCGCCAACCACACCGACUGUCUGCAGUCCUACUUGCACCAUUGUUUCGACGGCAUCACAGGAGAAUUGGCUCACGCGUUCUUCCCGCCAACUGGCGAGAUCCACUUCGACGACCACGAAUACUGGAUUCUGGGAAACAUGCGCUUUAGCUGGAAGAAAGGAGUUUGGCUGACGGAUCUCGUCCAUGUGGCAACUCACGAAAUUGGCCACGUCCUGGGACUCAUGCAUUCCUUGCACCCGAAAGCUAUAAUGCACCUGAAUGCGACUCUGACAGGGCGCAAGCUGAUCACGCAGGAUGACGUGUGGGGUUUGCACCGCCUCUACGGAUGUUUGGACCGGUUAUUUAUCUGUCCGGCAUGGGCUCGGAAAGGCUAUUGCGACAGCAAGCGUAAGCUGAUGCAGAAGCACUGCCCCGCCACCUGUGAUUUCUGUUACGAAUUUCCUUUCCCCACUGUGGCUCCCACCCAGACGCCCCCGAGGACCAAACACAAGCUGGUCGUCGAGGGCAAGAAGCUCACUUUUCGUUGUGGGAAGAAAAUAGCAUCGAAGAAAGGCAAAGUAUACUGGUACAAGGACGGGGAGCUGCUGGAGUACUCUCACCCCAACUACAUCUCCUUGAAAGACGACCACAUCACCAUCGUGGCCAACGCCAUCAACGAAGGCACGUACACCUGCAUUGUGAAGAAAAAAGACAAAGUCCUCACAAACUACUCGUGGAGGGUGCGCGUGCGCUUCUGAGGGGCCUCCGCACACUCAACAGGACGCAUCCGCACACACACACACACACACUUGCGCGCUCACAUUGGGGCCUCGUUCACUACGGCACAUAUUUGUUUUAAAAAAAGUGUUCUUCCUGUAUCUUCGACAUCUGUCAUUGUGUAACUGCGUGCUAAUGUGUGCAAAUAAUAAAUGAUCCGUGACGA